AACCACCCCUUAGGUGACCCGAAUAAUGGGCAAAUACCCUUCUCCUCUCAUUAGAUACGAGAAUGCCUCUCCUCUCCCGACCGGCGUCAACCCAAAGGGUGAAUCGCUGACGAAUGACAUACAGAAGGACGAGCAGGGAAAGCCAGUGCUCAGCAAGGCGUACGACGAGUUUAUGGACCCAAUUGAUAAAAAGAAUAAUGGGUUCGACUUUCACAUCUAUUAUAUGCAGAAUGCUCCGGACGAGAUGGAGUAUGGCAGGAAGCUGCAUGAAAGAAUCAGAAGAGAAUUUCCGGAGAUGAGAAUCUUUCGAUUCUGGGAGCGACCUGUGGGUCCUCAUCCCAUCCCAAUGUUUGAGGUGGAUACUUUUACGCCUCACAUGACAGGGACGUUAUUCUCCUGGCUGGUGGUGAACCGUGGACCUUGCUCUGUCCUCAUCCAUCCCAAUACUGGAGACUCGUAUCGUGACCAUACAGAGCUUGUGACUUGGAUGGGUAGGCCCUGGCCUUUGAAUACCGGUGUAUUGAACCGCCAAUGAAGUCUAGAUUCGAGCAAAUCACCUGCUACUAGCGGAGAAGGGUUGUGCUGUAACGAAAGUCAGGAUUGUAUUUUUAGCGGAGAAUAUGCCAAAUCUUAUGCGCUGGAUGGGAUAUCGGGUGUAGCCUGACAAGUAUCAUGUAUAAAUAAAUCAGUAAGGC